UCAUUUGUCCUUAAUACUUUGCUUUAAAAUUCAAACUUGAUUUGUCAUUAGAUUUGAGGUAGGUUAGACCUCCUUAACUUUUUAUUAGACAUAAAACUAUUUACGUGCCUCAACAUAAAAGCUUAAGCUGUUGGAGUAGGUGGUUCAUAACAUGAUAUUAGAGUUUUAGAAUUUGAUCCUUGUUUGCUUCACUUAAAUAAAAAUUGAAUUUUAGUACAAGAAUGAUAAGCAUGUGCCUUGUUCAUAAUUCAAGCCCAAAAGGGGAUUGACGUAUUGGAUAUAAAAUCAUUCAUGUGCUUUAAGUUCAAGUUUUUGAAAUAGAUGGUUCGCCAGUUUCGAUCAAAGUGUCAUAAGGCAUAAUUUGAGACUGAGAUGAUCUCAGGUAGAAGGUGACAUUCUUUCAAGAGGAGGCUCGUCAGAGGCAAUCAUCCAUCCUACCCGAAUCCGAGCGAGCUGCUGUAUACUCAUCGAUCAAAUCUUGUGCUCUUGAUCAUGAUGCAGAAUGUGUCACUGAGAUAUUAGUGAGAGGGAUUUGCAGGAAACCUAACCUACAACAAAUAUACGUUGACCUCGUCCUCUCCGAGUACAAUCCUUUCAAGAUUGUCAAGGAUGGAAAGCUAGUGGCUUACCCAUGGGACAUGCCUCCUCCUUAUCCAACAAAUUCGGCAAUCCUCUCAUCUUCUGCUUCAGUUUAUGUUCCGUCGACAUUUGGGCUUUUAGCUGAGAAUCUUGUUCAAUCCUGGACACCUCAAUAUCUUGAGUGGAGGAUGAAAACCUGCCAUGUUGAAACGCGUCCCAGUAAUGUCACUGAACAAUUUGUUUUAGGGUAUUGUAAGUCUCACUCCCUGCUUCAAGAGGUAUGUCAACUACCAUGCUUGGACCUUCUCUCUGAGGUUAGCCCUGUCAAGAUUAAGGAUGGGAAUUUUGUGGCCAAUGCAAACCUUAGAGGCACUAAAUUUCGCAUUGGAGAACAUGAGCUUGCAGCCAGAGUUGCAGGAGACACCAGAGUAACAUUACCUUAGAGAAAAACUAAACAAGCUUUAGAAUUAACUUGUUUUCUUUUUUAAAUUAAAUUGGAUGUUGGAACUUUGUUUGUUGAUGCUAGAACUCUUCUUGUGAAAUAUUAUCCUCGUGAUUUUGUUUGUUGAUGUAUAUGUAUUGUUGCAUAUUGGUAAAUUGAACUUAU